GCAGCGAAUACAUGGCUCGACACCCGGUUCUUGGCACAAAAGUUCAAGGAGUUUAACUUUCUCGAAGGACGUGUGUACGGGAUUACAGAUUGGAACCUUGAGCUGGACGAAAAGGCUUUCAAAUUAACCGAAUCAACACUCAUAUUUAAAGUAUCAAAUAAAAAGGAUCAAUUUGGAUCAUAUAAUGGUCCAUUUACGGUUGCUCGCAUAACCGUUGAUCCUAUUUUGGUUAAUCGGUUUGGAGUCUUGGCAAACCCUUCACAGAUGACUGCUAUGCUUUUCUAUUUUAUAAUUAUGUAUGAUUCAGAUGGUGAACUGAACAGUCCAAACAAGACUGUUUCGGGCUGCAAAGAAAAGAUAAAAAAGAGAGUGCAAAAAGUGUUGUUUAAAGAUGCCUCAAGCAGCUCAGAAGUGCCAAUGGGGAGAAAAAUUAAAGCUGAAGAAAUA